AUGACCGAAUGGUCCAAUCAUGAGGACAAGGCCGUUGUGCGCAACGCUGCUCAUGAAAUUGUUGACGUUGCUGAGACCACCGCGAAGACGAAUGGAACAUCCCUUACCUUCAAAUACUCGAACUAUUCCUUGCCACAGCAGGACCCCCAUUCAAGUUACGGCGCGGAAAACCUCGAAAGAUUGGGAAAGGUUGCAAACAAGGUCGAUCCUAAGGGCAUAUUCCAAAGCCUGCGAAAUAGCAGCUGGCUGGUGAGCCGAGCAGGAAGCAAAUGA